ACAAAUAAAAAAUCGUAUAUUUAUUUUUCCUAAACGGAGGAGAAACCACAGAAGGCGGACGGCAAAUUAACCUGCCGUCUAAUUGGCUGCGCCACCAUUUUCUUUCUCAGCUCAACUCUUCAAGCUUUGCUCUUCGUUGCUCUUCAUCUGAUCUCAUUGGUCAGGAAUCAUGGACAUCGAUGAGGAAAAUACUGUCUCUACCUCCAUCGACACCGAUGCUUCAGUCCCACUCGACGGUAGCGAAACUGUAGCUUCUGCCAUUGAUGCUAUCUCACUUCAACCAGCCGAACCCAUAGUUGCAUCCAUCAAUCCAACUCCGGUCACACCUCCUAUGGCCCCAAUACCUUCUGUUCCAAGACCAUUGGCUCCACUACCUCCCCGUCCACCUGUCACCAGACCAUUGGCCCCACAAAACGGAGACUCAAGAACUAGCGACUCCGAUCCCGAUGAAGACGAAGAGCCAAGAACAAACCGUGCCGCCUCAGGCUCAGCUCAGGAAUACGAGAUCUCGGAAGAGAGCCAAAUUGUUAGGGAGAGGCAUGAAAAGGCGGUGCAGGAGCUUCUGAUGAAGCGGCGUGCCGCCGCCUUGGCAGUCCCCACCAACGACAAUGCUGUCCGAUCAAGACUCCGGCGGCUCGGCGAGCCUAUAACUUUCUUUGGUGAGAGAGAGAUGGAGAGACGCGAUCGAUUGAGGGCGCUUAUGGCGAAGCUCGAUGCUGAAGGUAACUUCGAAAGGCUGAUGAAAGCUCAGGAGGAGGAGGAAGAAGCUGCUGCCGCCAGUGUGGCGCCUUCGGAACUGGAAGAAGACGUUCAGUAUCCGUUUUACACCGAAGGUUCGCAGGGUCUGUUGAGAGCCCGUCGAGAGAUUUUGAAGUACUCGAUUGUGAAGUCGGCUUUGCGCCUCCAUCGUGCGAAGAGGAAACGGGAGGACCCGGAUGAGGAUUUGGAUGCAGAGGUUGAUUGGUCUCUUAAACAGGCUGCAAAUAUGGUCAUGGAGUGCAGUGAGAUUGGCGAUGACCGGCCCCUUUCUGGAUGCUCGAUUUCAUAUGAUGGAAAGACUCUUGCCACCUGUUCUUUAAGUGGAGUUGCAAAGCUGUGGAGCAUGCCUGAAGUAAAGAAGGUUGCUGCACUAAAGGGGCACACCGAACGAGCUACCGAUGUUGCAUUCUCUCCCACAAGCAAUCAUGUAGCUACUGCUUCUGCCGACAAAACUGCAAGACUAUGGAAUUUGGAAGGAUCUGUCCUUAGAACAUUCGAGGGCCACCUGGACCGUCUUGCUCGUAUUUCAUUCCACCCAUCAGGUAGAUAUUUGGGUACAGCUAGUUUCGACAAGACUUGGAGAUUAUGGGAUGUAGAAACCGGUGAGGAGUUGCUUCUCCAAGAAGGUCACAGUAGGAGUAUAUACGGAGUAUCUUUUCAUCACGAUGGCUCUUUAGCAGCUUCCUGUGGGCUGGAUGCUCUUGCUCGUGUGUGGGACCUUAGAUCUGGGAAAAGUAUUCUUGCUCUGGAAGGCCAUGUCAAGCCUGUUCUUGGUGUUAGCUUUUCUCCGAAUGGUUAUCAUUUAGCUACUGGUGGGGAAGACAACACUUGCAGGAUAUGGGAUUUGAGGAAGAGGAAAUCUUUGUACAUAAUACCUGCUCAUUCUAACCUUAUUUCUCAAGUCAAAUUUGAACCACAGGAGGGUUACUUUUUGGUCACGGCUUCGUAUGAUAUGACUGCUAAGAUCUGGUCUUCGAGAGAUUUUAAGCCUGUAAAAACAUUGUCUGGCCAUGAAUCGAAAGUUACAUCAUUGGAUAUUGUUGGAGAUGGACAAGAUAUCGUAACUGUUUCGCAUGAUCGGACAAUCAAGAUUUGGUCGAGCAGAAAAGCCGAAAAGGAGAAUGCAAUGGAAGUUGACUGAACCAAGGCAUGCAUGCAAAUUUUGGACUCAGUUAGUUACUUAAGAGUUGUGAGGCUUUUUAGAUGGAAAAUUUUGAAUUUACUUUUAUGUAAUAUCUGUAUAACCUGUGUGUAUCCAUCCAUGGAGGAAUUAGAAACAUUGAGGGUGAUACAGAUAACUAUAUUAUGUGGCAGGUGUUAAGUGUAUAUUUUUACACUUAAUCACAUCUUUUCAUUUGAGC